GCUACUGAUUGCACUCCUACUGGCGCUGGUCUUCCAUUACUUAUGGACGAUGUUCUUGUGGCGCCCGUACGUGGUAACGAAAGCUUUCGGCAAACAAGGGGUGAGAGGCCCUCCCUACGAGCUUUGGUUCGGGUCACUGAGGGAAAUCCAAAGCAUAAGAAGGGCUGCAAUGGAGGUCGUCUUGGACAUCGACGCCCAUGAUAUCACCACCAGAGUCCUCCCCCACUUUGGCAAAUGGAUAGCAGAAUACGGCGAGACGUUUUUGUUUUGGGUCGGAGCGCAGCCAUUGGUGUGCAUCAGCCAGCCGGAGAUGGUGAGGCAAGUCCUGGCGAGAAAGUUUGGCUUUUAUUCGAGGCUCGCUCCGUCGCCAGAGGCGCUGGCAUUGGUCGGCAAGGGGCUGGUGUAUAUAGAAGGGGCGGAAUGGGUGAGGCAUCGGCGAGUCGUCAACCCUGCUUUCUCCAUGGAUAAACUCAAGUUACUGACUACGACAAUGGCCGACUGUGUCAAGCUGAUGUUAGAAGGAUGGCAAGAAGCUGCCAGAGAAGGAAAGGAAGUAGAAGUGUCUGAACAAUUCCAAGUGGUGACAGCUGAUGUGAUUUCUCAUACUGCUUUCGGAAGCAGUUUUAAGGAGGGCAAGGAACUAUUUCUAGCACAGAAACAGAUGCUGAACCUCGUCACACAAAAUUUUCUCAAUGUUAACUUUCCCGGAUCCAGGUAUGUUCCGAGCAAGAAGAACCUCCAGACCUUGAAACUGAAGAAGAGAAUAAGGGGCAUGUUCAUGAACAUCAUAGAAGAUCGUCUGGCUCGUAGGGAUGCUGGCUGUAGCAGUAAUGACCUACUUGGAUUACUGUUGGAAUCUGAGAAAGUGCAAGCCGGCGAUCAGAAGCUGAACAUGGAGGAGAUCAUUGAUGAGUGCAAGACGUUCUUCUUGGCCGGCCAUGAGACCACUUCUCACUUGCUAACUUGGACAAUGUUCUUGCUCAGCUCAAACCCUGACUGGCAGCAGAAGCUCAGGGAGGAGGUGGACGAGGUGUGCGGGUUGGAAGUCCCAAAUGCAGACAUGAUCAGCAAUUUAAAGCUGAUGACUCUUGUUCUCCUCGAGAGCUUGCGGCUUUAUAGCCCGAUAGUGUUGCUGAGAAGAAAGGCUGCUAAAGAUAUGAUACUAGGGAACAUUAAGAUCAUGAAGGGCACCCUAUUGAUGAUGCCAAUAUCAAUAAUUCACAGGAACAAAGAGAUAUGGGGAGCUGAUGCGAACGAGUUCAAUCCACUUAGAUUCAAGAAUGGGAUCAGUAAGGCUGCCAAGAAUCCUAAUGCAUUUCUCACAUUUUCAAUCGGGCCAAGAGCAUGUAUAGGCCAAAACUUUGCCAUGUUGGAAGCAAAGACGGUGAUGGCAAUGAUACUCCAGAGGUUUUCAUUUAGUUUAUCACCCAACUACAAGCACGUACCCAUCGAUUCGGCUACCGUUGUGGUGCCUCAGUAUGGUCUUCCAAUUGUUCUCAAGGCUCUACAUUAAGAUUCCUCUUGGUGUUAGCUAGUGAACUUUGAUAUA